AUUGGCUAGCCUGGGCGGGAGAUCUCGGCGAAGGCGCGCGCUUUUUUCGUUCCUUGGGCGUUGACUGGCGGCUGGUGGCCAUGAGCCUUUGGGUGGACAAGUACCGGCCGAGCUCGCUCAGCAAAGUGGACUACCACCGCGAGCAGGCGGCGCAGCUUCGCAACCUGGUUCAAUGUGGUGACUUUCCUCAUCUGUUAGUGUAUGGACCCUCAGGCGCAGGAAAAAAAACCAGAAUAAUGUGUUUGCUGAGGGAGUUGUACGGCUCUGGAGUAGAGAAGCUGAGAAUUGAACAUCAGAGCAUAACAGCACCUUCUAAAAAGAAAAUUGAGAUUAGUACUAUUGCAAGCAACUAUCAUCUUGAAGUUAAUCCAAGUGAUGCAGGAAAUAGUGACCGAGUGGUGAUUCAGGAAUUAUUGAAGACAGUAGCACAAUCACAGCAACUUGAAACAAGCACUCAACGAGAUUUUAAAGUGGUGCUGUUGACAGAGGUAGACAAACUUACCAAAGAUGCCCAGCAUGCUUUGCGACGAACCAUGGAGAAGUAUAUGGCCACCUGUAGAUUAAUUCUGUGCUGCAAUUCCACAUCGAAGGUCAUUGCUCCCAUCAGAAGCAGGUGCUUAGCAGUGCGAGUGCCUGCCCCCAGCACUGAAGAUAUUUGCAGUGUAUUGUCCAGUGUUUGUAAGAAGGAAGGUCUGGUUCUUCCUCCAGAAUUGGCUCGGAGGAUUGCAGAAAAGUCUGGGAGAAACCUGCGAAAGGCCCUUCUGAUGUGCGAGGCUUGCAGAGUCCAGCAGUGUCCUUUCACUCCUGAUCAAGAAAUUUCUGAGGCUGACUGGGAGGUGUAUCUCAGAGAGACAGCAAAUGCCAUUGUCAGUCAGCAGACCCCACAGAGGUUGCUUGAAGUUCGUGGGCGACUUUAUGAGCUCUUAACCCAUUGCAUUCCUCCAGAGAUUAUAAUAAAGGGGCUUCUAUCUGAACUUCUCAACAAUUGUGAUGGACAACUGAAAGGGGAAGUUGCUCAGAUGGCAGCCUUCUAUGAACACCGAUUGCAGCUGGGAAGCAAAUCUAUUUAUCACUUGGAAGCAUUUGUGGCCAAGUUUAUGGCCCUCUAUAAGAAGUUUAUGGAAGAUGGACUGGAAGCCAUGGUGUUCUGAUAUGUAGAGUGUCACAUGGACUGGAAUAUUAACAAAUUCUGCUGAUGAGCUGUAUAACCCACAAUUCACACAUGUAUCUUUUUAUUUAACAAUAAAGUCUUAAAAUUGUUGAGUU